AUGCACAUAGCAUCUUACCGACCUGUUGUGAUCUGGCAUGGAAUGGGAGAUACAUGUUGUAAUCCUGAUAGCAUGGGUAAGGUUCAGGAAAUAAUUAAAGAUGUUUUUCCUGGAAUUUAUACGUAUUCAAUCAUGAUCGGCGAGGAUGAAAGUGAGGAUAAAAAGGCUAGUUUUUUUGGCAACAUAAAUGAAGAGAUUAGCAUUGUUUGUGAAAAAUUGAAAAGUGAUGAAAAUCUUAAAUUUGGAUUCAAUGCUAUUGGAUUUUCUCAAGGUGGUCAAUUCCUUCGUGCAUAUGUCCAACGUUGCAAUGAUCCACCUGUGUAUAACUUAAUAACUUUUGGCUCUCCGCAUGCCGGUGUAUCUGAUAUUCCAGGUUGUGGUGGAAAUGAUGUAUGGUGUAGAAUAAUGCGAUCAAUAGCUAGUCAAGGUGCCUAUUCCGGAUACGUGCGAGAGCAUAUAAUUCAAGCACAAUACUUUAAAGAUCCGAAGAAACUUGAACUUUAUUUCGAGAGAAAUAUUUAUCUCCCGGAUAUUAAUAAUGAACUUGAAAUCAAGAAUGAAACUUAUAAGAUGAAUCUGAUAACGCUUAAUAAACUCGUAUUGAUUAGAUUCACUGAAGAUACAACACUUAAACCAGGAGAUACUGCUUGGUUUUCAUUUUAUGAUGAAGAAGGAAAUGUUGUACCAAUUCGUGAACAACCAUUAUACAAAGAAGAUUGGAUAGGGUUAAGAACAUUAGAUAAGGCUGGAAAAAUAGUAUUUAAAGAUUGUGAAGGUCCUCAUAUGAGAAUUGAUGAGAAUUAUUUUCGGGAAGAGGUCGUUAUUCCUUAUUUAAAUAAUUCUCUUCGACUUCACAAAAGACCGUUGCUUAUUAUUCAACAUAAAAUAUUGCAUCCUUUAGCUAGUGUCGCAAGCCGGUUAGCUGGUCCAGCUGAUCCAGCCACGGCUGGUGUAUUUCAUAAAUAUUUUGCAGUUUAG